AUGCUUGUAAUGUGUUACAAUAGAGUGCCCUCAUUUUCGGACUAUUGGUCACACAAUACUUCAAUGGGAAAUGUUGCUAUAAAAAGAGCAAUUUCGAGAGAUAGGUGCGAAGUGUUACUUUCUAAACUGUACUUCGAAUUUCUUGAGAAACCAGACACAGCUGGUAAGCUUUACUACCUAGAGCCAAUAGUCGCUUAUCUGAAAGACACUUUUCAGAAAGCGAGGUCGAAAAGUACAGUACAAAGCAUUGACGAGUCUUUGGUAAAGUUCAAAGGAAGGUCAGCCUUGAAACAAUACCUUCCUAUGAAGCCAGAGAAGCGUGUGAUAGAUAUGUGGAUGAGGAGUGAUUCUGUAACAGGCUACACAUAUGACUUCAAUACAUAUUGUGGAAAGGAUGCAAAUAAUCUGGAUGGCACAUUGGGUGAGCGUGUAGUUCUGCAGCUCUCAAAAACAAUUAGAGACGUUAAUUUGUUGGUACAUGUAUGGCUAACAGGAAAAAUAUGCCAAAGUCAACAAAGAAACUUGCUCGAGGGGGAAUGUGAGUUCCUUUGCAAUUCGUCUGGUACGUUGUGGUGUAAAUGGCAGGACACCAAAGAAGUAAUGUUGGUCACUAACUGUCAUUCUAAUGAUGUAUGUACAGUGAACAGAAAAGCAAAAGAUGGGUCUAAAUUGGUUGUAGACUGUCCAGUGGCACUGAAAUCUUUUAACGACUAUAUGGGUGGCGUGGACUUGGCUGAGCAGAUGAGUGCACUGUAUGAUUUGGCCAGAAAAUCUGAUAAAUGGUGGAAGAAAGCGUUCUACAAACUGUUGCUAACUAGUGUUGUAAAUGCCUGGAUUUUACAAAAUGAAAUUCAACACAAGACAGUGCCACUAAAACAUUUUCUAGUCAACCUAGCAGAGCAGAUGAUUGCCAAGGGACAAAAGACUGCCAAGGUACAGGAGAAAUCCUCAACUGGGCGCCCUUCUAAGAGAGCAAGAGUUAUGCAGAAUGUAGGGCUACACCUCCCUGAAGAAGGACCUACAAGAAGAAGUGACCGUUAUUGCUGUUGGGUAUUGGUGGGACAACGUUUGUCCCACUCAGUAACCCUAGUGGGACACCCGUGUUCCACUCAAUAUGACUACUGGGACACCAGUGUCCCAGGGCCUAAUUGCAGGAAAAGAAAAGAAAAUGAAUUGUCUCACACUAGGUUACUGUUUACAUUUUAUAUACGGAAAGCUACAUUACGGUCAUAUACAAAAUAA